AUGCUUCAACCUCGCAUACCCUUGCGGGGUCUCCAGCAUUCCUGCAAAUACUUUUCUUCCCUUCUGUCGCGGACAUAUGCCACCGUUGUUGAAUCACAACCUGCUGCGCCGGAAGCGUCAGUGGACACAAUCAGCUCCUUCGUUCCGCCGCCUUCUCAUGCCAAGGGAGGAGCCGAGAUUCGACGGUACAAACCGCGCACUCCCGGGUUAAGGCACCUUCGAAGACCGGUAAACGACCAUCUAUGGAAGGGACGACCGAUCCACGAAUUAACGUUCCCCAAAAAAGGUCAAGGGAAAGGCGGCAGAAACAACACUGGACAUAUCACCGUUCGGCAUCGAGGAGGCGGCCACAAGCGAAGAAUACGGAUGGUUGACUUCAACAGAAAAGAGCCAGGGCCGCACCUGGUAGAAAGAAUCGAACACGAUCCCAACCGGUCUGCGCAUAUCGCUCUCAUCCGAUCCAAACUUACGAAAAAACGCAGCUAUAUCAUCGCGACUGAAGGCAUGCGGGCGGGCGACGUUGUGCAGAGUUAUCGGGCUGGUAUCCCACAAGACCUGUGGGACAGUAUGGGUGGUGUUAUUGAUCCUGGUGUUUUGGCUGCAAGAACUGCCUGGCGGGGCAACUGUCUGCCGCUCCAUAUGAUUCCGAUUGGAACAUUGGUGUACAAUGUUGGAUUGCAUAAGGACAAGGGAGGACAGCUCUGUCGCAGCGCCGGUACCUUUGCGACCAUUGUCGCAAAGGCAUUUGAAGGAUUUGACCCCGAAUCAGACGUAAUCACAGAUGAAAGAGGGGAAACAAAACAUUUGACUCUUCAGGACAAGCACAGGUUGAAGAAAUUGUCAGAGCAUGUGACUCUUCGCCUACAAAGUGGUGAAAUUCGGCUCAUCCACAAGGAUUGCUGUGCAACCAUUGGCGUUGCAAGCAACGAAAAUUAUCAUUAUAGACAGCUGGGCAAGGCUGGUCGCAAGCGUUGGCUAGGCAUUCGGCCAACAGUUCGUGGUCUUGCCAUGAACGCUAUGGAUCAUCCUCACGGUGGUGGUCGAGGCAAAUCGAAGGGUAAUGUCCAUCCCAAGAGUCCUUGGGGUUUGCCGGCAAAAUCAGGUUAUAAAACUCGACCGAAACGCAAGGUUAACAAGAUGGUUGUCACCCCCAGACCGCGCAACCAAGGCAAGCGUCGUAGAGGUUACAACUAA